UGGUAGACAUCGUAUGAACAUUAGGAGAGGCGGAGGCGGAUCUACCAAAUUUGGUAACUCCGUUUCUAGGUCCAAACGGCCCCGCCCAAGAAUCUCGGUAACAAUGGGAACUCCGACGUUAUUUGAUUGGAUCAUCGACAUGGAGAAGAUACCUCUUAUACCGGCUCUUUUACUCUAAAACUUGACUAGUAAUUAGAACCGCGGGAAUACGUAAAUGCCAACUUACGUAUGUUUCCAUAUGUAUUUUGAUUUUAGCUUAUAUACCUGGUAUAAUAUGGAUUAGGUACGAUACUCGUUUUUGGUGCGUUGCACUACCUAAAAACCGCCGCGCUGCUGUCGGAAUUCAAGGAGCCUAAAUAGGAAAUUCCGGAAACUCUCCUCUCCUAGAUGUAGGUAAGAUAUUCAAACAGAACUAAUGUUUAGGUUACCGUACAUAGCAUUACCUAGAGGGUAUAAUAGACUCGUCUUCCUUCGUGACUUUCUAUAUCUUGUCUCAAUAAGGACAAUAUGGUAGAAGUUGUCAACCUGCUCCCUAUAUCCUCUAGCUUGAGAAGAAGUUAAUCAGAUACUUACCUGCCUACUCUCUACUAUCACGAAUAUCAUGUUGCGUACUAUUCCGAGGCGUUUAUCAAUAAACACUCACCAGAUACGAUCAGUCAUGGCGACGGUAACCCAAACUCAGACUAAAAGGGAGGGUGAUAUUUCCGACUCCUUUGUCUCAUUAUCCGGCGCCGCUAGACCACCUCUUCCUCAGCGGUUUCUUGACCUCAAGAAGACUUUGGUUAGCGGUCAUGAGGAUCGUGUAAUUGAGAGCUGGAAUCGACUUCUCGCCGAGCUGAAACAUGAGAAUAAAAUAAUCGCUAAAGGAGGUCCCGAAAUUAUUCCUAGUCUCAACUUUCAGGACUUAGACACAGAUCUUACCAAACUCCGCGGCGAGCUUGAGAAGAGAGGUGUCGCUGUCAUUAGAGGGGUGCUCCCGGAAGACGAAGCUCGGUCCUUCAAGGACGAAAUCGAGGAGUAUGUGAGACAAAAUCCCCAAACAAAAGCCUUCCCGUCGCAUGAUCCUCAAGUAUAUGAGUUAUAUUGGUCUGCACCGCAACUCCGCGCUCGGGCGCAUCCGAACAUGUUAAAAGUCCAAGCGGCGCUCAUGAAACUGUGGCGCACAUCGAAUCCCGGAAGUCCUAUUUCUACAUCGCAGCCAUUAUCAUAUGCCGACCGUCUUCGUAUUAGGCAACCUGGUGAUGCUAACUUUGCUUUAGGUCCGCAUAUUGACGGGGGUAGUGUUGAAAGGUGGGAAUUGAACGGGUACGGCCGUGGUGGCGUGUAUGAUAAGGUAUUUGAAGGUUCCUGGGAAGAGUACGAUCCGUGGGACGCCAGUACACGAGUAUCUGCCGUAGUUGAUAACUACAACGGGCUGGGCGCUUGCUCUAUGUUCCGAAUGUUUCAAGGAUGGCUAAGUAUGAGCAACACACAGCCGUUCGAGGGAACCCUUAUGGUGAAUCCGGCAAUCAAACUCUCAACGGCAUACUUGCUGCUUCGUCCAUUCUUCCGGCCCAUUAAGGAUCUCGAUCAAGCGUCCCCAGAAAGUUAUCUCGCCGCUGAGAACUGGGAAUAUGCCGGUGCUGACAUGACGAGUGAACUCCACGGCGCGACUCCUGGACAUGGGCAAGAGUUAGAUAACACUCUCCACCCACACUUGGACCUCGAAAAUACCAUGGUGCACGUCCCGCAUAUCAAGCCGGGCGAUUACGUAGUGUGGCAUUGUGAUUCCAUCCACGCCGUCGACAAAGUGCACAAGGGAAAUUCGGAGUCUAGCGUGUUGUAUAUACCGGUCUGUCCAUUAACCGAGAUAAAUGCUAGGUAUCUCUUACGGCAGAAGAACGCUUUCUUAAACGGCACCCCAGGCCCUGAUUUUCCAGGCGGGCGAGGCGAAGCCGAUCAUGUCAAUAGGCAGACCGAAUCGCAUCUUCGUUCGUACGCUACUGUUGACGGGCUACGAGCCUUCGGGUUUGAAAGAUUCGACCCAGCUACAACAGACACUAGCGGAGCAAAGACAAUUACUUCGCUGGCGAAUGAGAUCCUGGGAUUCUAGGAACCUACUCGGAUGACUCGCAACUGAGACUUUUCUUUCAAUGUCGUCGGAUUGUCGUGAAUAUAGGGGGUGUAUAUAUCCCGCGAUUUCGGUCAGGGGCUAAGCUACCAUAAAGCCUAAAGCUCGAGGAGCAAAAAGAAGUCAUACGUAUCAUAGCUGACUGUUAUACAUGUAUAUAAAUGUCGAUAUUAAAUCAUGGUAUAUAGGUACCGGGUAUGUUGACAAAUGCCACCAUAUGAUAAACAUAACGACGUGAAUUAGGUAGCUUUCUUAAUCCUAGUAGAAACCCCCAGAUCUAACAUGGCUUAGGAUAUGUACAAUACCUAAAGUAAUACGUUA